AUGGUCGAAGUGACGGUACUGGACUACGGCGCGGGCAACGUACGCAGUCUCAAGAACGCCAUCCGCGCCGCGGGUCACUCGGUGAAAGACGUGGCAUGCGCCGCCGACAUUCGGACCGCGCAGGUGCUCAUUUUCCCGGGCGUGGGGAACUUUCGCGCCGCGAUGGAGUUUCUGCAGACAAGUGGCUACAUUACCGACCUGCGGGCGUACGUGGCUGCCAAUCGUCGGUUUCUGGGCAUCUGUCUGGGUAUGCAGACGCUGUUUGAAGGCUCGGAAGAGUGUCCCGAGCUUCGGGGACUGGGGGUGCUCAAGGGCACUGUCGCCCGCUUUGCGUCCGACCACGUGGCGGUGCCUCACAUUGGCUGGAACGGUAUCACUGCGUGGAAAAAGUCGGCGCUCUUCUCGGCCCUUCCAGUGGCUACAGCUGCGGCGAAAGUGUACUUUGUGCACUCGUUUCGAGCGAUCAAGACGGACAAGAACGCUGACUGGGUGCUCACGACGACGGACUACGGCGACGUGGAGUUCAUCAGUGCCGUGCAAAAGGGCAACGUCAUGGCGACGCAGUUUCAUCCAGAGAAGAGCGGGGCUGUGGGCAUUGCAAUGCUUAAGGGGUUCUUGGACACGCGCGAGAUGCCGGACCAUGAUGCUGUGGUGUCUACGGCGCGUUUGGCGCCACGGACGACGCUGUCAAAACGGAUCAUUGCGUGUUUGGACGUCCGGGCGAAUGAUCAGGGGGAUCUGGUUGUGACGAAAGGCGACCAGUACGACGUGCGCGAGAGCUCGAGCAUCGCGAGAGAAGGCAAUGUCCGCAAUAUGGGCAAACCAGUUGAUCUGUGCAAGCGCUACUUUGACGAGGGAGCUGACGAGGUGGCGUUCCUCAACAUCACGAGCUUCCGUGAGCAGCCAAUGGGCGAUUUGCCGAUGGCUCGGAUACUGGAGGCGAGUUCGGAGUGCGUGUUCGUGCCGCUGACGAUUGGCGGCGGCAUUCGUGAGUACAUGGAUGACCAACAGAAGAUCCACUCGGCGCUCGAUGUGGCGGCAUUGUAUUUCCGCUCGGGGGCGGACAAGGUUUCGAUUGGAAGUGACGCUGUGUACGCAGCCGAGAGGUACUAUGCCAACGGCGGUAAAGGUGACGGAUUGAGCUCAAUCGAGACGAUCUCUGCCGUGUACGGCAACCAGGCCGUGGUGGUGUCGAUGGACCCCAAGCGCGUGUACGUUGCGUCGUUCUAUGACGAGAACGCGAGAGGCCACAAUGUCGUCAAGCUGUCACGACCGGGUCCUAAUGGGGAAGAGUACUGCUGGUACCAAAUGACGGUGCGCGGUGGCCGGGAGACUCGUAACAUUGACGCAGUGCAGCUGGCUCGAGCGGUUGAGGCUCUCGGCGCCGGUGAGUUGCUGCUGAACUGCGUGGACAUGGACGGUCAAAAGGCUGGGUACGAUCUCGACCUGAUUGCGCUCGUGAAGAAGUCGGUGCGCAUCCCAGUCAUUGCGUCCAGUGGUGCGGGCCAGCCGUCGCACUUUACCGAGGUCUUUGAGAAGACGAACUGCGAUGCGGCGCUUGCAGCGGGUAUCUACCACCGCAAGGAGGUGUCGAUCCACGACGUCAAGAGACAAUUGCAGGCCGACAAGAUCGACGUGCGUCUGUGA